AUGUCAAGUUUUCAUCGUAUUCGUCAAUCAUGGCGUCGAUCAUUAGGCUAUUUAAGUUUAUUUGGUGUCACUACUGUUACCGUCAUCCAUGCUGCAUCGCGUUAUAAUGACAAUAUUCAAGUGCAUGAUGCAUUUUCAAAUCAUACACGUCAACAACAAAAAAGACAUAUGUUAUCCGGAAUGCAUGAUCCAUUCAUUACUACCGAUUUACAUGAAGUAGAACUAUUUCAGAAACAUUUUUCACAAUUCUCCUAUCUAUUUUAUACGGAUAGUGAGAUCAUGAAACAAAAAUAUGCUUUAAAGACUCCUGUCAAGAUUCGAUCUCUCACAGAAUGUCCUAUUCAAUUUCAAUCAUCUUUUGGUAAUCAGAAAACAUUGAUUGUUGGUGGUCCACCAGCAUUAAUCACUGGUAUCUCUAUGGUGAAGACGGAAAAAGAUUUAACUUACAUCAAUGACCAACGUCAAAUACCGAUUGCUUUUGGUUCUGCUUGGCAUCUGGAACAAGAUGCAGAAACAGAGGCACCGACUGCUUAUCUGCCUACGAAAUUCUUAAUAGAACAACUCGUUCGUGCAACAUGUCGAUAUGCGAGUUACGCAUCGAUUCAACAAACUGGUCACUUUCCAUGGAGAACGUUAGACUGGAUCGGUUGGCUAAAACACCCUGAUCAUUGGUUUAGCGGAUUGAAAAUAUCAUUAAUCUUUCAAUGGGUGACCAUGUUCGAAGAUCGAACGGCAAUGUUAAAAAAUGUUGCUGCACAAUGUAUUGCAAAUGAGAAAUUUUUCGAACAACUAAAUCAGGAAUUAGAUGGUAAACUUCUAUUGCGUGAAAAAGGAUCGAUUAUCGUCGCUCGAACUAGUGAAGAAGUUUCACAACUACAAGAGUUGCAAACAGCUUUAGUAAAUGAAGGAAGAAAUUUGAGAAUUUUAUCCAAGGAAGAAAUGCUUAGUCGUUAUGGUUUUCUUCCUGAUGGUCUGAUGUAUGGCGAAAAGCAUCAUGAUAGAGUCUUAUUUGCAAACUUUAUGAAAAUACUUAAUGAUGCUAUUCGAAAUCAAGGAGGCAAGGUUAUUGAUGGAACACUCACUACCAUCUAUGUUGACGAUCAGAAGUCAGGAGGUAUCGCUGAAUAUGGUACACAUGAUGGUCAAAAACAUUAUCUCGCAUUUUCCCGAUUAAUUCUAUCGCUGGGUAGCCAGUCGAUUAUUAACAAAAAUAAUAAGCCUUUAUUCGAUGUUAUUGCCGCUCGAGGAGUGUCCGUACUGGCACACGUUUACGUACCCUCGGAAUAUCGACUUCCACCUGUUUUAGUUUGUGGUGGAACAAAUCAUGCAACAAAAUUAUCCGAAAAUCCUGUGCAAGUGAAAGAUUCUCAUGGAAAGACAUAUGAUUUAUAUUUGAUGCGAUUCACUGCAGGCGCAUGUAUUACACCAAAUGUCUCUGAUGAAAAUGCAGCCAACUAUGAUGGAACGAUUGCUGUCGGUCUAGUCUCCGCCGUACGAAAAACAUUGGGUGAAUUGUGUCGAGUUGAACCACUUGUUGUUCAUGGUUGCAAUCGACAAGUCAGUCGUUAUGGACAGAUUUCUUGGAUUGAACCGUUUCCCAGAAUUCAUGUGCAGUAUGGAGCAGCAGGCGGCGGUCUUACACGAGCACCAGAUUUUGUAGCACGACCAUCUUUGUAUAGCUCGUCGUCUUAA